GGGGACGAGAGAGGGAGGCAGCCAAUGCGCAGCUCUGCAUCUUGAGAGAGAGCGAGCGAGGGAGAGAGAGGCUCUGGCAGGCAGUUGCUCUCAGACCGAUAGACCCAGUGUGAUGCUGCUGCUGGAUGUGAGCUCCUGUCCUCCUCUGCCCCGCUCUCUGGUUCUACCGCUGGCUGACUGACUGACUAAGCCUGGGUCUGUGGUUAUCAGAGCUGCUCUAGUUUCUUCCCUGGGCUGAGGAAAGAGCCACCGUGCUGGGGCUGUGUCUUUGGCUAACUGCCUGUCCGCCUGGUUCUCUGCUCCUGCCUGUCUGACUGACUGGUCCCGGUGCAGGCAGGCAGAGUGGGGUGGAAGAGUGCAGGGCAGGGGGGCGGUAGGGGCUGAGGAGUGCGGAGCGGUGUGGAGGUGGAGGACAAGCGAAAUGAGCGUGCCGCUGCUGAAGAUCGGGGCGGUGCUCAGCACCAUGGCCAUGGUGACCAACUGGAUGUCCCAGACACUGCCCUCUCUGGUGGGACUCAAUGGGACCACCGUCUCCCGAGGAGGCACCUCCGAGAGGAUCGUCAGCGCUCUCUAUCCUAGCCCAGAGGAGGGCUGGCAGAUCUACAGUUCAGCUCAGGAUGCAGAUGGGAAGUGUAUCUGUACAGUGGUGGCCCCGGCCCAGAACAUGUGUAACCGAGACCCACGCAGUCGGCAGCUCCGCCAGCUCAUGGAGAAGGUCCAGAACAUCACCCAGUCCAUGGAGUUGCUGGACCUGCGGACCAACAGGGACCUUCAGUAUGUGAGGAACACAGAGAGCCUGAUGAAGGCUGUAGACGUCAAGCUGAAGACUGCCUCAGACAACCCCCGAAGCCUCAACCCCAAGAGCUUACAGGAUUUGAAGGACAAGGUGACCCAGCUGCUCCCCCUACUGCCGGUGUUGGAGCAGUACAAGACGGACGCCCGUCAGAUCAGCCGGGUGAGGGAGGAGGUGAGGAACCUGUCGCUGGUACUCAUGGCCAUCCAGGAGGAGAUGGGAGCCUACGACUACGAGGAGCUGAGACACAGGGUCCUGCUGCUGGAGACCAGGCUCCACUCCUGCAUGCAGAAACUAGGCUGUGGGAAGUUGACCGGCGUCAGUAACCCCAUCACCAUCCGUGCAUCAGGGUCAAGGUUCGGCUCCUGGAUGACUGACACCAUGAUCCCUAGUUCAGACAACCGGGUGUGGUCCAUGGACGGCUACUUUAAAGGUCGUCGUGUCCUGGAGUACCGCACCCUAAACGACUUCAUGAAAGGCCAGAACUUCGUUCAGCACCUGCUGCCCCACCCCUGGGCGGGGACCGGCCACGUGGUCUACAACGGCUCCCUGUACUACAACAAGUACCAGAGCAACAUCAUCAUCAAGUACCACUUCAGGUCCCGCAGUGUUCUGGUGCAGCGCAGUCUCAGUGGGGCCGGCUACAACAACACCUUCCCCUACUCCUGGGGAGGCUCCUCAGACAUCGACCUGAUGGCAGACGAGAACGGCCUGUGGGCCGUCUACACCACCAUCCCCAACGCCGGCAACAUCGUCAUCAGCCGCCUGGAGCCGCAGAGCCUGGAGGUGCUGCAGACGUGGGACACAGGGUUCCCCAAGCGCAGCGCCGGAGAGUCUUUCAUGAUCUGUAGCACGCUGUACGUCACCAACUCCCACCUGGCCGGGGCUAAGAUCUACUUCGCCUACUACACCAACUCCUCUAGCUACGAAUACACAGACAUCCCCUUCCACAACCAGUACUCCCACAUCUCCAUGAUGGACUAUAACCCCAGGGAGAGGGUGCUGUACACCUGGAACAACGGACACCAGGUGCUCUACAACGUCACUCUGUUCCAGGUCAUUAAGACCGCUGGGGACUAGAGACACCAGGGGUGGCUGGUGUCACUUUACAUCGGAGGACGGGCCUAUUGUAAUGGUCGGAAUGGAAUGAAUGGAACAAUAUCAAACAAGCCUUCCAUUGAUUCCAUUCCAGUCAUUGCUAUGAGCCGUCCUCCGUUCACAAGCCUCCAGAGACGCUCAGAGCUAGCCUGGUCUCGGGUCUGUUGUGCUGUCUUGACAACGCCUAGUGUGACGAUGACCAUAUGUGUUGGAAAGAUAGCACAGAUCUGGGACCAGGCUAACCCAGAGGCAGAGUCAGACCGAACACACAACAAAACUAUAAUGCUGUUAUGGGGGGGGGAGGAUGGGCAGGCAGACAGAUGGACGGAAGGAGGCUUGGACUUUUUUAAAGCAUUUCAAUCUUCUUCAUCGACUGCUGUUAUUCAUUCCGAAAAAAUACAGUCCGACAGCAAGGCCAGUAAAUAUAUAAAUAUAUACAGACGUUCUGAUUUUCUUUUCUGUGAUGAGUAAGCAUGGUUCUUUUUAUUUGUGAUGAGAAAUAAAUAUCAACCUUUACCAUUUAA